AUGGCUGGCAUUUCUCCGGCUGGGGGUCCCUUCCAAGACAGCCCUACGGAGAAGCGACGUCUCGAGGAGACGCAGGACGACAAGCUGGGCUCCAGCCCUGCCGAUUCCAUCACCGAUGAGGAGAGCAGACCCGCCAGGAAGGGCCACUACGGAUCGACCGAAGACCACGUUUUCUCCGACCCUUCGGUUGCGGACUACUGGCGCAAGGUCUACGAGCAGGCGGGGUACGAGAACCGGCACCGUUUCGACCCCACGCUGGAGUGGACUGCCGAAGAAGAGAAGAAGCUGGUGAAGAAGAUUGAUUGGCGCAUCUUGCUGUGGGCAUGGAUCAUGUUCGUGGCGCUCGAUCUCCACCGAAAGAACAUUAAUCGUGCCAUUUCCGACAACAUGUUGCCCGAGCUGGGCAUGGACACAAACGACUUCAACUAUGGCCAAACUAUUUUCCUCGUGUCGUUUCUCUCGGCCGAACUGCCAAGCGGCCUCAUCAGCAAGAAGCUCGGUGCUGACAGGUGGAUUCCCUUCCUGAUUGUGUCUUGGUCCAUCGUUGCGGGCUCACAGGCGUUCCUGACCAACCGCGCCGGCUUUUACGCCAUCAAGGCUCUGCUUGGCCUGCUGAUGGGCGGAUUCAUUCCGGAUGUUGUACUGUACUUGACCUACUUUUACAAGUCGAAUGAGCUUCCCGUGAGGCUGGCGUGGUUCUGGACAGCCCUCAGCACGUCGAACAUUGUCGGUUCUCUGGUGGCCGCUGGUGUCCUGCAGAUGCGAGGCGUCAAUGGCUGGGCUGGAUGGCGCUGGCUCUUUCUCCUAGAGGCCAUCUUCACCAUCAUCGUCGGCGUCUUCGCGUGGGGCCUCAUGCCACCUGGACCGUGCCAGACGGCCAACUGGUUCCGCGGCCAGAAGGGCUGGUUCACUGAGCGCGAGGAGCUCAUCCUCGUCAACCGGCUGCUGCGCGACGACCCGAGCAAGGGCGACAUGAACAACCGGCAGGCGGUGGGCGGCAAGAAGCUCUGGCUCGCCGUCAGCGACUGGGAGCAGUGGCCGCUGUACCUCAUCGGGCUGACGACGUACAUCCCGCCGUCGCCGCCCAACACGUACCUCUCGUUCAUCCUGCGGCAGCUCGGCUUCUCCGUCUUCGAGGCGAACCUGCUGGCGAUGCCGUCGCAGUUCCUCUUCGCCGUCAACCUGCUCAUCAUCUCGUGGGUGUCGGAGCGCGUGCGGGAGCGGGCCAUGGUGUCGUCGACGUCGAACAUUUGGAUCUUCGCGUGGCUCGUGCCGCUCGUGACGCUGCGCGCCGACGCGAGCCCCUGGGUGCGCUACGCGCUGCUGACGGGCCUGCUGAGCUACCCGUACUGCCACGCCAUCCUCGUCGGCUGGAACGCCAAGAACAGCAACUCGGUGCGCACGCGGGCCGUCAGCGCGGCACUGUAUAACAUGUUUGUGCAGAGCGGCAACAUCGUGGCGUCCAACAUUUACCGCGAGGACGACAAGCCGCUGUACCGCCGGGGCAACAAGAUCCUGCUCGGCAUCUGCUGCUUCAACAUUGUGCUGUUCUAUGGCGUCAAGGCGUUCUACGUCUGGCGGAACAAGACGCGUGAUGCCCGGUGGAACGCGCUGACGAAGGCGCAGCAGGACGACUACCUGCUGAACACCAAGGAUGAAGGCAUGAAGAGGCUUGAUUUCCGAUUCUCUCACUGA